UCUGUCAUCUCCAACACCAUAUGAUAAAAAUAAUAAAUUCCAGUGAUCAUAGCAAUGUUUAAAUAAAAUACAAUAAUAAUUGAAGAUGGUAAGGACUGCGGAGGCAGGCUCCCGGUACCAUUUGUAUGGCAGGAAAAACUGUAAGCUUCAAUACACAUUGCAAUCUGUCGGAGAGUGGGGUCGAGUCGGUGGCGCGAUGGCUGAGCUGCAACGGGGAGGCAUGGGGGAUGGGCCCCACGGCCGUGUUCGCGAGCGCCGCGGCGCUGUUCCUGUACAACGAGCUGCAGGCGACCAUCUUUGUGGCUGGCGACCACGCGCACGUCUCGCUGCUCGAGAAGACGCUGGUGUGCUCCAUGGUGGCCGGAAUGUUGGCGUUAAUGAUCCAUCUCUGGGUGUGCUCCAUGCGCUUCUUUCAGUACUAUCUCGACACCCUUAUUAGAGACAGCCCCAACUUUCUUCUCGAGAUGACGACAGCGGGUUUCCUGGGGCAAACAGAGCUGGUCCCGCUGGGCCCUCUCACGCGUUUCCUGAAGCAGCAGCAGCCGCAGAUCCACAUCACUAUCUGCUGGUUCCUGUCGCUGUGCUACGCGGACUACGUCAGGAAGCACUACUGCCAGCGCUUCAACAUGCCUUAUUUGGAGCAGUGGCAAGCCGAACUGCACGCCCGCGCCUCCCGCGGCGUGCAUCACACCAUGCAGAAGGUGAACAGCUUCGUGGGCGCGGUGCACCAACGCCUGCGCGGCUACACGCAGGCAGUUGACGUGAAUACUGCGGGCGGGCGCGUGUCGCGCGAAGCGAGCGGCGCGGGCAGUCGCGUGUCGUUCGCGAGCGAAGCGAGAGCGGCCUUCGCGCGGGAGAGCGAAGCGAGAGCGGACAACAUGCGGGUUGAGAGCGGGGUGCGGGUGGACGGCCGCGUGGUGGGAGCGCGACUCAUUAGCCACGCUAGUGACACCACGGCUGAUGUGUUAGAGAAGCUCAGAGCUUAUGUUUCGAAAACUCGUUGUCCAUGCAGCAACACCGCGCCGCUCGCACACGACCACUCCGGCGCAGACAACCACGAUACCAAUCCUUGAGCAGCUUUUACAUGUCCCUUUCCUGUGUUGAACAAUCAAUAAAUUAUUAUGAGUAAA